UAGUGCUCCCGUGGAGACGGCCGUGAUGUCAUGUGUAUCAACAGUGUGCGGACUGGGUAGCGUGCCACGUCAGUAACGAUGGAAGAAGGAAGCAUACCACGCGGCAGCGGGGAACUUGAGGGGCUCCUCGCACACCUAGUAGUUGGCCCGAUUUCAGCCGUCGGAGAGGGGAUUUCGGGAUCUCCAGGCUGGUGUCGUGAUGGUUUAUGGUGUUUCGAUGGAAGGAAGGUUGGGCGCCUCGGAGUGGCAUUGAUCACGGAAGAAGGUGGCACUGCCAGACGGACAGAACGAACGGAAGGGUCGGGGUCGAGUGCUGCUGAGCUUGAUGAUGGUCUUUCUUCCACGCGGCAUCCUGUCGAUGCGACUCGAACUCAGAUCACCGAUCUGCCAAUGGACAUGAUGAGCGAGAUUUUCGCGAGGCUGCCUGGGGCUGCGGACGUGUGCGCCGCUGCGGGAGUUUGUUUCGCGUUAGCGCAAGCAGUGCGCGACGAGCGGACGUGGCAGCGGUUGCUGCCACGUGGCUGGGAGCGGCUGUUCUGUGAGAGUGAAUCGCGGCUCGACUUGCAUCGAUCUAGAGGGGUUGAAGCGAAGGGUGUGACAAGUGCGCUCGUGGAGGCGACACCGCACUGUGCGACGACGAGAGUGUCCGACACUUGCGCGAGGAAGGGGACACCACACUGUGCGACGAGAGUGUCCGACACCACACAGUGUGCGACGAGAGUGUCCGACACUUCCUUGGUGGCAUCGAGUUCGAGUGCGAGACACAGGUUUCGGCAGCUCUGUGAGGGAAUCCGAGAUUAUCGCUGUCCUUCCGUUCUCUACAAGCUAGACAGAAAGACGAACGCGAUGACUGUCUUCUUUUCGCCAGAUCGUACGGUUCCCAAAUGGUCUUGCGGCUCAGAUGUGCUCGUUGGUGCCCCACAUUGUGAGCCCGUUAGGAUGCGCGUCUUCGGCGAGAGGGUCAGGCCGUUCUAUGAUAGGUUCGCUGAGCGGCGCGGGCACGGAUUUGUCGCUAGUGGGGAAUUCGAGUGCCUCCUGCCGCCUGGAAGCUACGAGUCGUGCUGGCGACUGCUGAACACAGGAUCGCAAUACCUAAUCACGGGAAGCCCGUCGGUUUCGUUGCAGGUUAUGGCUGGGUCAAUCUUUGACCAAGUACCAAUCGCAACGAGAUGGAACGUUCGUCCGAUUGUCGCAGCAAAAGGCAAUCAACGGUGGGUAGAGAUGGAAACGGGUGUCGUUGUCGACGUGGCUUCCGUACAGACGCUGAUGGGAAGUGAACUGGCAGUUCUGGAGGACGGGGGUUUGAUCAGAACUUGUGUUAAGUUUCGCCUUGAGGCGGAAUCAGGGGAGGAUUAUUGGUGUCUAGACUACGGGAUGCUUCGCCCGGCUGCGGGGUGGAGAUCGGACGAGGAGCAGCAGAAGCAUCAGCAGGAGGAGGAGGAGGAGGAGGAGGAGGGGGAGGAGGGGGAGGAGGAGAGGAAGCCGCAGAAGGAGCAGCAGGAGCAGGAAGAGGAGCAGUGGCGUUUGUCUGACUCAGAGAACAGUGAUGAUGAGGACGUUGCUGGUUAUGAAAAAUGUGUCGGAGACGACGAAGGCAAAGAGGAGGCCCCGACGGAACUAUGGGCCUCGCUCCUCUACUCUCCACAUGCACAAAAGGCAAAACAUAGGGCGGUGCAUCUCUCCAUGUUUUAGGGGAAGAUUCAUUGUCAUUGUGUGCACAUUUCGAGAGUGGUAGAACAAGGCCCUGUGUGCGAGUGACUUCCCCGCUGUCGGCACCUCAGCGCGAUAAAUAUGACGAAGGGCCUCGGCACACCACUGUCGAGAUGUGAAAAAGAAAAAAUGUGGCGGGUGCAUCUGGCCAUGUUCUAGCGGGAAAUUCGUUCUCAUUUUGCACAUUUCGAGAGUGGUGUGGCGAUGCCCUAUGACUCUCUGCGGCCGCAGAUUAAUUCUGCAUUUCGAUCGAUGCCCUAUGACUCUCUGCGGCCGCAGAUUAAUCCUGCAUUUCGAUCUAAAACUGGAACAGAUUCCAAGGUAACUUAGUUUUUUGCGACAAUUUCGAAGUUUACUGCUGUAAUUAAUCUGCUGUGAUAUAUCUUAUCCCCUGAUUAAAUUUUACGUACUUCUUUCUCCUGAGAGCCUGAGCUUCGGGAGUAGACGACACUCCGUUGGUAAUAAUAAAUUGUGGCAGCGUUAGCAUGAAAUAAAUUGUGGCAGCGUUA